CUGAAAGAGUAGAGUUGAAGUACAGUCUGUGCUCAGAGAGACGAAGAAGGACACUCUGUAUAGGUUGUGGGACAGAGUCGGAGAAGACCAUUCUGUAUAGUAGGUUGAGUGAGCAUCUGUACUGCUGUAAUUGUAAACCUGAUAGAUAUAAUGAGUGUCUCGACAAGCAACCAGUGAAGAUCUGAAAGAGACGAGAAGUAGAGAGAAGACUUUCUGUUUCGGAGCCGGUCUGUUUGUGAGAUCAUGACGAGGGAGAGACGCAUACUCGUGGUAUAUGUUUUGAUGAACAUAAUUUCGAUGUCGUGAAGUCGACUAUAGUUCUUCGUGAAUAUAAUUUCGAUGUAAACUUGUCGACUAUAAUUGUCUUCUUGAACAAUGUAAUCAACGUGAUAGACUUAAUCUCAAACGUAAUUUUUCAUCAUCUUUGACACCUCCACUCAACAUACAGACAGAGAAAACUUCUUCGGACCUCGUUCCUCCCAACAAGAGUCAACAAGGUUGCAUUUAACGAGUUGCUUCUCACGUCAUCUCUUCAUUUCAGAAAAGAAAACCACAAACAAGAAUCUUCGAUAACGAAAACCGCAAGUAGUUGUAACUACAAUUCGAUCGCUUAAUAGAGGCUUCUAGCUAGUAGUAAAAGAGUCAGGAUUUUUUAGAUUCGCAUUAUAUUCAGGAAAAGUCUUUCAACAGUCUAGAACAACAACGUUCUUAUUCACCGUCUUCUUGUUCUUCUACAAACGACGAACUUGGUGCCUUCACUACAACGAACAAAAUGUCCUUGAAGCAGGUCGCAACUUCCGCAGCCCUGUUGGGCAAUGGUGCUUCCGCAUUCCUGCUCACUCAGCAGAGUUCUACUACUGAACCUUAUGGCCUUCUAAUAUAUAGAUAUUUCUCAAAUUAUAAAGAAAACAAGAACAACCGAUUAGUUUUCAUCUCUAAAUACUACAUUCUAUCUUUCUUUCAUGCAAAAAAGUAUCUCCAUAGUUCUCAGGGAAACUAAGAUUUAUUAAAUACAACAGAGGAGUAAACAACAAGAUGAAGAUUUUCUAAGAAAUAUAACCUCGUCCUACAUUUGUUGUUCCAAAAGUUGACCUAAAAAUAUUUCUCAUUUCAUUCUCAGUGCUGUUGUAUCAUCACAGUGCUGCUCUAAAAUUAUGAGAAGGUGGCCUGCAUUCAGUACUAUGCUGUAAUUGAGAAAGCGGCGCCAUCUGCGGGCCGGCGCAUCAAGAAGAUCAAUGAUGACAACAAGGCCAUCGAACUUCGCAACAAGAACGCGGAGCCGAACAAUAAGGAGAAGAAGAAGGACAUUCCGGAGAGCAUGAAGGAAAUGUCCAAGCUUGUGGAUAAGGAUAUGUUCUCUUAAGGCGUACAAACAUUGAGAAGUCUCAGUUGCCCGUUGCCCUUUUUGUUUUCUUUUUCUAGCUACUUAGGAGUAGGAAGGAUCCACCGAGCAGCCGGUUAGCUUUCCCUCUAGUACCCUGACGCUUAGCCCAUAAUAUUAAAACGAUAUAUAUUAUAAACAUCCUGGAGGAAGGCAUGGAAAUGUUGCCGAAUCAAUGAUCCUAGUUGUGAAGGAGGUGGAUGUAGGGGAGAGGGCAUGUUGCUAGAAGAGGGCAUGCUUUUGCCGAAUAAAUUCGAAUCAUGAACUCAGAUUUAGUAAGAUAGCUCAAUACACUUAGAGUGAGAGGGACUGUAACUGUAUGCUAGAUUUAAAAAGACGAGAGUGUAUGCUAGAUUUAGAAAGACGAGAUUGUAUGCUAGAUUUAGAAAAACGAGACUGUAUGCUAGAUUCAGAAAAAACACGUCUUCUAAUUCAAGUAUGCGAAGGAGUUUGCCCUUACGUGCCAGAAGGCUGGCAAAACGCUGAAGUCGCACAUUGGCACGGACAGGAUCCUAGAGGACACUGAGGAUUAAGGGUUGGAACUUGACCUAUCCAUCGUCUGAGUGAAAGCAUAUCGUAGACCUAGAACAUAUUAAGUAUGUAAAAAGUCCUACUUUUCACCACCUACCUACUGGAGGAACAGGAAAGUUUUGUUUUAUUUCCUUCGACUAUACAGUUGGAACUACGUCAACAAUUACCCGGCUGGUCACCGGGAGCUCCGGGUGAGCAAAAUACCGCGCAAAACGUCGGAAGAUGACCAGCGCACACCCCUCGCCGAGCGCGGGAGAGCUGCGUGGCAGCAAAGUGCGGAAAUAUCCGCCGGGCGCGACCUUGUCACAGACGUGGCCUCUUUUCCGUGCGUGCCCGUGAGUCUGUCCCUAUCGUGCGUACUCUGUCAAACAAGAGGGAGAUGCGUGCUCUUCUUCUGUCUGUCAGAUCUCGCAGUGCCGGCAUCGCAUCCUCCUCGAGGCAACAGGGGCGAGAAUGAUCUGCCGACUGCUCUAGAACUGACUCCAUCUCUCUUACAAGCACGAGGAAGCUGCGCUCCGAUCUUCUGUUCCCCCUCCCUCUGUGUCAAGCGCGCAUGGCUUGCUGCUGAAGCUCUCCCCGGCGCCGUGCCUGCGUGUCUGGUGGGAUGUGCCUGGCUUUUCCGUUCCCGCCUGCCCUGUUUGUGUGUGCCUAGGAUUGGUCGCGCCCUUGCAGGGUUUCGAGAUGUGCCACCGGCCUGGUGGCGGGUGCUUCUGUGUGUGGUUUGGCUAAACUUAUUAACUCAGACAGCGCGAGCAGCUGUGAGGCUAAGGUUUUCGGCACUGGUUUUGGGCUUCGUUCCCGCUCGACGUUGUCCUUGGUGCAUUCCCCCAGUGGCUGCCGGAUACGCACAGGGACAGGCACAGCGUGCGCAACCUGUCAUCGAGGAGAAUCCGCACCGGAUAGGCCUCGCUUGUAGGUUCGUCUUUUCUUGGUGCUGAUGCUGAGAGAGACAACGAUGGCGCAGCCUCCGUCGCUUGUUCUUAGACUUAGCCACCGCACUGACUGACCCUCGCCCGCCGGGUUUUCGCCCCACAGCACGAGCGCGGGUGGCGCCUCCUCGUUCCCCUUUCGUUGUGUUCGUUAUUUCGUGUCUGGUCCGUCGCGUCCGCGUUUGCUGGUCGGUGUUCGUUGGUUUCACCACAGACAUCAGUGAGGCAUGCAGCCUCCUUGGCUUUGUCGACGUUGCUCCGCCUCCGCGUGAGUGGGUGGCUUGGCAUUAUUGUGCCACGGGCUUGGCCCAGUGCUCGUAUGCGGGGGCUGGCGGUGGUUUUAGUUCCUCGAGGCUGGGUGUAUCGUCUUCACCCACUCCAGAUUGUCGCGCGCAGGUGUGCCUAGGGGGUGGGAGUAGCCGCAUCUGCGUCGCUGCUUUCGUUUCUUUUUGCAUUUAGAUCGCUGAUUAUCGCGCUUAGAUCAGGGACCAAGGCCCCUCGGCAGAGAAUUCGGAUUCUCAUGCCGCAGCAGCCCAGACUUGCGCGCUGUGACUGUGCACCAGGACGGCCCCCUCCCCGGGUGUGAGUGAGAGAGCUGGCUCGCUGCGGCUUGGUGUGGUUGUCCUCUAGCUAAACUGCUGAGCUUCGACUUUUGCGCGCCUUGGAGGUGCUCCAGACCUUGAGGUAGUUUGUUAGGGUUGGCCCUGUCUUUGCUGUUCUUGGUUGCGGGGUACUGUAGUGCACAGCCCGCCCCGCCCCGGGUCUCGUUCGCCGCCCCCGAUAUAAUGACAAUAACACAUCAGCAAGCAGAGUCCAAAUUAUAUGGUUCCGAAGAACAUAUCUAGGAAAUUUUUCCUUUCAAGAAGUACAUUGGUACAAGUAGAGUAGGAAAGGCAUAGAAGUAGAUCACAUGCGACGAGAGUAAGAAGGCCAAGUUGUUGCAACUGCUAAGAAAAGUACAGCAACGAACUGCAGCAUCUGGUGGGGUGGUUCGCUAGCACGUCGGCUACAGAGACGAAGGACUUGAAGGAGCCAAAGGUUACGCCGCGCGGUGGCAAACCAACCGAGCCGACACUUGGAGACCAGAAGUUCGACUACUUCAAGGCUAUUGCCAACUUGGUGGACUCUCACAGCACGUUUUCGGUGAAGAUGGGUCUCUUAAGGCUAUCCCAUGGAUGUGGACCAUGAAAGAAUAUUAACUAAUAUGCUGGAAGAUAGAUCUAGGUGAACUUUAUUGAGAAGUUUUCGGAGGUUGUAUAUUAUACAACAAGACUAUCAAGUAGUGCAUAGUACCGUGGUCUGAACAAUUUUACUAUCACAAGUAAUGUUAUUGUUAAUGAUCAUCAUCAUCAUCAUCAUCCUGAAUGUAUGAAGAUAGGGAUAAUUCUUGUGGUUCGUUUCCAACUAUAUCUUCAUCUAUCCACGACUUCUAAGAGAACGCGCCUUGGAACGUCGAUUCCCUGAUAACAGUAUCAGCUGGAAAGAUUCCGUCGACGCUAUGCAUAAGAGCUUCGUCGCAAAUUGCUGCGCCGAACCAACGGAGGAUGAUCCUGCCGAGCAGAUGAACAAAUUGAACAUGGGCGCAGUCGAACGCGGCCAAGCCGAGGAAGACGCGGCAACAGCGGCCGGCAAGGCACAAAAGGAAGAGGAGAAGGCUGCAGCAGAGAAAGCGGCUGCGCAGGCAGAAGAAGAGAAAGUUAAGGCUUCCCCCAAUGAUCCAUCUCUAAUUCUAUAGGCAUGAUCCCUCAACCAUAGCUAUGCACUUGUUGCACCCGAAGCAAUACAAGUAGGGCGAAAUAUACAUUAUAGUGUCGCAUAUUUAUUGUUGAGGGAUUUCCACAGGGAUGAAUUCUCGGGGAGAGCUCUAAGAAAGCAGCGGCCGAGAAGAAGGCGAAGGAGGAGGCCGAGGGGUGCUGCCGCUAA